AUAAAUCGUAGCUGACAGUAACAAACAAUGCGACGAACAGUAAGGAACAGCAACUGCGCUGAGUGGUUACAAGUGCUAUUGUUGUUGUUAUUAAAAGCUUAUCUAACAACAGCACAAUAUGCGUCAUCAACAUAUUACGGCUACAACAAUCAGCAGCAAUUGCAGCAACAGCAACAAGAGCGACAACAGCAGCAGAUACAUCGGCCAUACGCUCCAGUGACCUACACCCACCAGUAUCCUGCCGAUGUGCAGUCCAUAUGGUCCAGCGCACCCAUUAUGGUCUUUGAUGAGCAGCCCAACAGUCUCGAGGAGCAGCGACGGCGUCAACAACAAGCUUAUUGGCCCAUUAAUUACCCAAACAAUAGAGCGCCAGACAGUUCCCAUUUGAAUAACAACAACAACAACAACAACCCACUCCCCACUACAACACGUGCUGCCAAUCACAAUUACAACAAUGUACCUGGUUAUUACUUUCAAACGAGCCGCCCUGCGCCCAGCCAACAAGAACUGGAGCAACGUGAACUGUUGACUGUGGCCGACACGCGUCGCGAGGAGGAGCAAGUGGUGCGCAUUGGCGGCACUCACUCUCUAGCCACGCCCACUCCACCUGGCCACUACAACAACAACAACAACUACUAUGCGCCUGCAGAGUAUUUGCAGCCACGCGAUUUGGCAGCAAAUUAUGCCAAACAUUUUGCGGACUACUUGCGAAAAUAUCCUCGACGACUGCAGCCGUUGUACAACAGUGGGAAUGCAUAUGUGGACAAGUGAAUUUGUUGCAAUAAAAGUAAUGUUCAAGCUUAUGGUCGUUGGUUUAACAAGCAAUUCGAUUGUAGAAACCAAAAUGAGCAGUGAAUUGAGUUCAUUGCCUUUUGGCUGCCAAAUUGGUGUCGUAGUUAGGAAAACAUUAAU